UGCAAUAACCAGCAACGGCAAGAAGUACUAAGUGGUCCACAACCAGAUGCUUCCUCCCAGAAUGAUUUUUCUCAGCUCCAGAAUGCACAGUUUACUCAGUUUGAGAUGUCCAAUUCUCAAAGCAACUCACAAGAUUUCUUUUCACAACAAGAGGAUUUCUCACUUAAAUCAAACUCUCAGUCCCAGGGUAGGCGACCACAGUAUGAGAAGUACAUGUCCAAGCCAUCUUUGUUUCGUGGUCAGUCUAAGAUGCCCACAGGGCCAGGUAAAAUGGUCUCUGGCCAAAUGUCUGGACCAGGCAAACACACGUUGGAAACAAGAAGCUCUAACUUCCAGGAACAGCUCAAUGCACAGAAGACCAGGUCUAGGGAAAGGGAUGAAAGAGACAUGCUCAACAGUAUUGUUUCCAUGGUAAAGGAGUGCUCAGAUGAGGUGCGACAUAACCUUGAUUCCAUGAGAUCUGUGGAGGAGAACAUGGGGGAAUCACUGAAGACUUCUAUAAAGACGUUGGCCGAAAGUCUAGAAGAGUCAAGUUCUAAAAUUCUAAGGGCAGUCAGAGAAAAGGAAGAUCAAUCACACACAAUAUCAGAUCUCAACAGGGAACUGAGAAAGCGAGAUGAUAAAAUUAAGGAGUUGCUGAAUGAGAGAAAGCAGACAGAUACCAAAAAUAUAGAAAGCGUCUCUUCCCUUCUUGAAUCAUUCAAGUCUUUUUUCCUUGAACAACAACACACCCUUGAACAAAAAGUGCAGCAUGUGUUGGAGUGUGGUCAGGAACAGGUGAAACUGGCCCGUGACUUGGGAGCCAAUCAAAGAGCUGGCAAGGAGGAGAAUAGCAAACACUUUAGCGAGAUGAAGUACACAUCACAGAGACAGACACAGGACCUUGAGAAACGAGUGCUUGAUGAGCUUGUAAUGUUGCAUGAUGACUUUGAGCGACAGAAGAGAGACCUGGAGACAUUCUUCCGAGGCCAGGUUCAGUCCCUCCAGCAGAAACAGGCUAGGGACAUUGAGCAGCAUGUACAUAAAGGGAUAUCUGAGGGUAUGCAGGAACUGUCAACAAGUUCCAUUGAUCAUGGCAAACAGUCAGCAGUUCUGAGGGAAAUUUUCAAGUCACAGCAAAGAGACAUUGAAAAAUGCAUCAAAACACAGACUUCAGAGCAGGCCAAACAGCUUCUAAGACAAAGCCAGGAUAUGUACAGCAAACACCAGAAGGACCUGCAGAAGGGCAUUGAAAAGAAACUAGAAGUCAUGAAGGUUGGUCAGGAAGAUAUCUCUGAGAAGGCAACAUUAUUUCUGGAAGAUAUGAAGAAAACUGCUUCUACACUUGAACAGAAGCCCUGGGAAAACAGCGUGUAUGUCCCUAAGAAGAUCCAAGAUCAGCUGAAUGACCUUCAUGACAGGCACCAGGCAGAAAUCAGAAGACUAGAAACUGGCAUGGAGAAUCAGAGGAAAGCUAGUGAAGAAGCUGAGAGGAAAAAGAGGCUAAGCACUUCAAGCAUGCCUGACAGCAACCAUUAUCCACUAUGUAAUAUUUAUGACUUCAAUGAAAAGGAUGGCGCGAACCAAAUUACUGGACAAAGGCAAGUUAAAGUGCUUCAGAAGCAUUCUGGAUUUCUAUCACCCAGGCCACCUCAGGGUACAUGGAAUAGCAGGACGCUGUUUGGGAGAGCCAACCCCUCCCCUGUGGCAACUGUUCUACCUCAGAGGCAGCCUAGCCUGGUGGUCAACCCAGUGGUUGUCUCAAGGCCUGCCACCCACGCCACAGGGCCUGUUGGAGAAUCAAUUAAUGUCCAGCCUUUUGUUCAGGCACAGUGGCCUCAAAGUGGGCGCCAACUUAGAAGUAGAGCAACUUCAGAUACUCCCCUCCAAACAACUCAUGUUACUAAUCAAGCAGUUAGCUUUCAAAAGGAUAAUUCUGUUAUUGAACAGAGUCAACGGAAUGACCAUUCUUCCCAUGAUAAUGUUAAAAAUGUUGAAAUCAAUGGAAAAAAACAUAGUCAGAAAACUCAGAAUGGAAGAAAAGGUAAAAAAAGAGGAAGAAAAAGUAAAAAGGUCAAAACUGCCAGCCACAAGGAAUAUGAGAUUGAAGGAGAAAAUGAGUCAACAGCUUCAAAUUCUGCCGGUAAUCUUGAGAGGAGUGCUAAAACUGCAUACCAAAGUGUUGAAAGGAAUGAAGACAACUCAACUUCUUCAAUUUUGCCACAUUCUUCUAAGGAGAAUCUCUAUGAAUUCCAUGAUGAAAAUUCACCACUUCCUCAAAGACCUCGGGAAAUUAUGGCUUUGAAGACAUAUGGAGAAAGGAAUUCACAGUCUAAGUGGUUGGCAGCAACUGAAACAAGUUCUGAGGACAGCAGUUGUGAGUCAUCACCAUCUAUGUCUGUAACAGAAAUAUUCAUCAGAAGGAAGGUUCGGGCCACUGACACCAGAGAACAAGGUAACAAAGAUAUAACUAACUGUCAAGGGAAUGGAGAAUUUGCUGACAUUCUUGGCCCCUCCAAGCAGACUGAGCUGUAUGCUGCAGAAGACUGCGUUCAGCAAGUAAACAUGGCCUACAGCAGAAUGUCACAGGAGGCGCGUCCAUUCCGGAGAUCUGCGGAGAAGAGGCGGUUGUGUGACUUUGAUUCCCAAGUCUUCUCUACUGUGCAACGUCUUCACAAGACCAGGAGAUACUGAACUGUUCUACAACCAGUCCUUAUCACAUUGCAUAGAUUUUUUUUAAAAGAUUUAAAGAAUGAAAUCGCGUUCAAUUUUUAUCAGAAACUUAAUAUGCGGGAUGUUCAAUUACAUGCAGUGUUCACAUGUUUGUAUAAAAUAAGUUUGUUGAGAAUGGUUUUACAUUUAGUUUAUGUAUUUGGUGGUCAUUUUGUCUGUAUGUCGAAUAUCCAUAUUAACUAGGGAUAGCAACGCGAAGUAAAAUCGGUGAAAAAUAAAAGGAUUUUAUUAUGUCUCCCCCUCUCUGGGGGAGACAUAUUGUUUUUGCCCUGUCCGUCAGUCCGGUAGUCCGUCAGUCCGUCCGUACGUCACACUUCGUUUCCGAUCGAUAACUGGAAAACCGCAUGACCUAGGAUCACCAAACUUGGUAGGGAGGUUGGUCGUGAGGUGUAGAGGAUCCCUAUUGUUUUUGAGGUCACUAGGUCAAAGGUCAAGGUCGCGGCGACCCCCAAUAUAAAAAACAUUUCUGCUCAAAAUCUUGAGAACGGUUUGACCUAGGUUCACCAAACUUGGUAGGGAGGUUGGUCAUGAGGUGUAGAAGAUCCCUAUUGUUUUUGGGGUCACUAGGUCAAAGGUCAAGGUCGCGGCGACCCCCAAUGUAAAAAACAUUUCCGCUCAAUAUCUUGAGAAUGGUUUGACCUAGGUUCACCAAACUUGGUAGGGAGGUUGAUCAUGAGGUUUAGAAAACUCCUAUAUUUUGGGGGGUCACAAGGUCAAAGGUCAACGUCGCUGUGACCUCUAAUGUAAAAAAAUAUUUUCGUGCAAUAUCAGGAGAAUGCUUUGAUCUAGGUUCACCAAACUUUGAAGUGAGGUUGGUCAUGAUGUCUAGAUGAUCCCAAUUGUUUUGGGGGUAACAAGGUCAAUAGUCAAGGUCGUGGUGACCUUCCAUGUAAAAAUCAUUUGCGUGUAAUAUCUUUAUGUCUCCCCCAUUCAUGGGGAGACAUAUUGUUUUUGCCCUGUCCGUCAGUCAGUCCAUCAGUCUGUCAGUCAGUCAGUCAGUAUGUCACACUUCGUUUCCGCCCAAUAACUAUAGAACUCUUAGACCCAGGAACUUCAUACUUGGUAUGCUAGUUGGUCAUGACUAGUAGAUGACCCCUAUUGAAUUUGGGGUCACUAGGUCAAAGAUCAGGGUCAACGUGACCUUGAGGUGAAGAAACGGUUUCCACUCAA